AGAUAAUCCUGAUGUUAAGCAAGGUGACAUUGUGUUACUUGAAGAAUAUCCCAAAUCACGGAGAAAGGAAUCUGCUGACGCAGAUGCUGAAAUGCCUGGGAGAUAUGAAGAUGGAUUGAUUGAUGCAAGUACACAAACAGAGGAAGCAAACCCUUCUGAUGGUCUUUCAGACGUUGGAACAUUUAGAAAAGAGACAGUAGGUGGAACGGAAAGGAAUACAACAACUCCAAACAACCAGUUGGAUAAAGCACCUGCUCAGCUGAAACAUGCCUUCGUGCAAACCUUGUCCUCAGAAGAAGCACAGCUGAGUGAUGCCAUUAUUCAAACCUUGAUAUCAGGUCUAUUUUCACAAAGUGAUGUUCAGGUGCAAACAGAAGAGAUAGAAAAUAUGGUGCUUGAUUCAGAUAUCAAAACUAUUCAAGAGCCAAGUGAACUAGAACAUGAAAAACACUUACGAUCGGAUAUUCAAAAGGUUCCUUCCAAUACAAGCGGUAUUUCCGAUCUGACCUACUUUGAAAAGGAACAAUGCCCCUGUAAAAUGCCCAAGGUUAAAAAGGAGAAGUUAAAAUGGACUAUAGUCACACCAAGUAUUAGAGAAAAUGGAAACAAAACAUUUGGUAUUUCACUGCCAGAAAAAGGUUAUUAUGAAUGUGCAGUGACUGGGCUGAGAUGGAUUACAAAAUCACAUGUUACCCUAACUUAUGAAUAUUGCUCCUGGAAUGAGUACGUUUCUGAUGUGCAGAAGGAAAAUUGGAUAAUCGGAAGUUCAUUAUUCAAAAUCACCAUUGAAGAUGGCAGUGUUGAAUCUGUUCACCUCCCUCACUUUAUUUGUGAAUCAGGUAUUUUUAAGAUGGUGUUGGAUUAA